AUGACAGCAAGCUGCUUCUGCCUCGAGAACUGGUGGGAACGGCCACAACAGCUCCACGCCUGGGGCUACUUCCCCAUCAACUCGAUUGCCAAGGGGGACGGCCACUAUCUCGUCUUGGCCCAGCACGCGUCGACCGUCUUCAAGAUCAACGACACCGACGGGGGCAUCAUCUGGCGCCUGGGCGGCAGCAGGACCGACUUUGAGCUCGGCCCGGACGUCGAGUUUGGCUUCUAG